AUCAAUUGUGAACUCAAAGCUUUCUUUUCUCGACCUCUCUUUCUUUCAUCACGAAAAAUUUAUACUUAUCUCAAAUAAAAUAAAAAUAUAUAUAUAUGGAUAUGAAGGGAACAUACUUAGUAACGGUUAUUCUCUUGGUUAGUACGUUAAGUGUGGGGAUGUGUUCUAACGGUUGGAUAAGAGCUCAUGCAACGUAUUAUGGUGUCAAUGAUAGCCCUGCUUCACUUGGUAAAAAGGCCAUUAAACUAUUGUUUAAUAUACGUUUUUGUUACUUCAAAGUUUGUAUGGUAAAUUUGUUUUUUAGAUACAAUUUUAUAGGAGGAGCUUGUGGGUAUGACAAUCCGUACCACGCCGGAUUCGGAGCACACACGGCGGCGCUAAGCGGUGAGCUAUUCAGAAGCGGUGAGUCAUGCGGUGGGUGCUACCAGGUGAGGUGCGACUUUCCGGCGGAUCCUAAGUGGUGUCUCCGAGGAGCCGCCGUGACGGUGACGGCUACAAACUUUUGCCCAACGAAUAACAAUAAUGGUUGGUGCAAUCUCCCUCGCCAUCACUUUGACAUGUCCUCCCCCGCUUUCUUCCGCAUUGCCCGUCGCGGCAAUGAAGGCAUCGUCCCCGUCUUCUAUCGCCGGGUGGGAUGCAAAAGAAGAGGAGGCGUGAGGUUCACGAUGAGAGGGCAAGGUAACUUCAAUAUGGUAAUGAUCUCAAACGUUGGUGGUGGCGGCUCGGUGAGAUCAGUAGCGGUGAGAGGCUCAAAGGGAAAGACUUGGCUUCAGAUGACCCGUAAUUGGGGUGCCAACUGGCAGAGCUCCGGUGAUCUCCGGGGACAGAGACUCUCCUUCAAAGUUACUCUGACGGACAGCAAAACGCAGACAUUUUUGAACGUUGUCCCUUCUUCUUGGUGGUUUGGCCAAACCUUCUCUUCUCGAGGAAGACAAUUCGUUUAACUACAAAACUAAGUCGUGCUCUGGUCAAAACGCAAUUCUUUGCUUAUUUCUGAACUUGCCCUUGUUUUAAUUGGGCAGUGUUCCUUUGUUUCUCUUUUAUUGCUAAAUAAUUUCAUGCUUAAUUUUAUUUAACGGAACGGUUUCUCAUUUAUGUAUGAAGCAUUACUCGACAAGUUAAAGAGUUUUG